AUGACUGAAUGGAAAUUUAACAUUGGGUUUCUGUCUGGUAUCAUCUUUAAGAUUGUUCAAAAUAUUUUGAAACACAUCAUAAAAUUAAAUUUGGAAAUAGAGACAGUAAAAACUGCAAUAAAAUCUUUAAAGAAUGGAAGGGCUACAGGCAUUGGAGGUAUUCCUGCAGAAUUAUUAAAAUUAGGAACAAAGAAAUUAAUGGAAUUGUUAAGAAACCUUUUCGAAAGAUGUUUAAAUGGGGAAGAUGUCCCAAAUGAUUUGAAAGUAGGAUAUAUUUCAGUGAUACAUAAAAAAGGAGCGAAAGAUGAGUGUAAAAAUUAUAGGGGAAUAACAGUGACCAAUACCUUCAGUAGAUUAUAUGGAAGAAUUAUCAAAUAUUUGUUAGAACAAGAAUACAAAGAAAAGGAGCCUGAAGAACAAGCAGGUUUUAGAGUGGGAAGAUCAACAAUUGAUCAUAUCUUUUGCCUACAACAAAUUAUUGAAAAAAAAAUGGUUCGGGCACAACCUAUACAUUUAGUAUUCAUAGAUAUAGAAAAAGCCUAUGAUAGUGUGCCUUUAUCCAGUUUAUGGAAAGCUUUAAUAUCAAUAGGAAUAAAUCCAAGAAUAAUUAAAGCAAUUCAAAAUUUAUAUAAAAAUUCUAUUUCAAAAAUAAAAAUUGGUAAAUAUCUAUCACAUGGAUUCCAAGUCACAAAAGGAUUACGUCAAGGAUGUAGCAUCUCACCUACAUUGUAUAAAAUAUAUACAGAAGUAACUUUACAGAAUUGGAAGAAAAAAUGUCACGCUAUGGGAAUACCAAUAAAUGAUAGAACAAUAUACUCGUUACAAAUUGCAGAUGACCAACUGAUUAUAGCCCAAGACUAUGAGGACAUAGAGUAUAUGACCAGAAAAUUGAUUCAAGAAUAUAAAAAAAUCAGGUCUAAAUGUAAACAUGAAUAA